GGGCUGUUGGCAUUCGGAGGCGCCAUGACAUGAACCGAAGUUUAGUCGGCAUGGCGUCGAGCAGUUUGGUGGAAUUUGGGCGGAAGGUUCCGGCGGCAGUUGGUUGGCGUGCAGAUGAGGAUGGUGGGAUGGGUCGAGACGACGAGAGAUUGUGGCAUAGGGAGGCGAUGGGGUUUCUUUAGGUGAGACGAGGAAGAGGGCGGCAAGCGAGAGGAGGCGGAGUACGAGAGAGUGAUCGAGUGCCGUCGGUCGGAGGGAGAGAGGGGAGCCUGGAGCGGCGGGGUAUGGAUGUAAGACAGGUCGCCCUGGGCGUGGCUUUCGGUGCUGCGGUGGCCGUGAAUGCUGCACUACAGUCGCUCCAAGAUGCCGGCAGCUUCCUCAUUCACAGUCCCGGUCCCAGUUCCAGAAGUCGGCCCGUGGAUCUUCUGGACGCCACCACUCGCGAUGCGCGUAAGCGCCCUCUGAGUUUUGUUGAUGAUGUGGAGGACGACGAGGACGAUUUUGACGCUUUCAAGAACAACGACGAAGAUGAAGCCCGUGGACCCAGUGGCGGAGCUAAGUGGGGGUGCAGUGGGGGGCACGACCCCCUCCGGUCGAGAAAUUCCCCUCCCCUUCGGAGCAAAUUUUCCUAGCCCCCCCUUUCCGCGCAAUAAUUUGGAAAAUCGGUAAGGACUAGUGAACGGUUUCCAUCCUCACAAAGUCUCAACCACAAUCUGCUAUGGGAUAUGAGGUUGCAAGCAGACACGAGGGCGAGCACCUCAAAAACUCGAGAGUAACCCAGCGAUAUCGUUCAUCUGCCGGCUCCAUACUUCGGAAUCCGAAUUCUCUAACGCAAGGAUCGACAACCCAAGCUCAAACAGCCUGUGCCACUCUCCACCUACCCCGAAUUUCUAAACGCUACCUCCACCUAAACGCUUUGUACAUCACCUCAAUCCUCCACUUCACAGUCGUAGAAGACUCGGAGAAUAUACAAUCGGCCCCAUAAUAUUGACUUUCAAUCUGAUAAAACAUCCUUAAACCAUGAGCAGGCUGUGGGGAUUCCGAGGCUUGCUAUGGAGCGGUCCGGCCCCGAAAUUCUUGAGCCAACCCCCGAAGCUCGAAGAUGGAGCAGCUCCGCCGACCUCGGCCUCGACUCCACUGGUUACAAAGUGGAACAAGCAGGCUGCCACGGCAGCAGAAAUCUGUGUGCUCCUUCUCACCGGCGACUGGAAGGGGCCAGUGGAACGCAGUUAGGCUCGGGAAGGUAAAGUGAAAUACUUUGUUAAUGUUAUCAAAGCUCACCGCAUAUAGUGGUAUCCUGGAAAAACACUUUCCACUAAUAAAAGUGUAUGUACUAGUUUCUAAGUCCAACGUUCCUCUUCCCGUGGGUCCCUGGAAUAACCCUAAGUUAUAACGCAGCUUCUGCGUUGAAACAUUCAGGUUAGAUGACGGUCGCCUUGGAAUGCGUGUUAAAGAAGAUAAAGCAGAGGCGUGAACUUUUUGACUUUGCAGUUGAGUCAUUGACUUGUUGGCUAUGUUCCCACAAUAAAGAUCAGAAGUAUCCGGUCCAGCAUCUUCACUUUCUUCUGCGGAGUAAAUUGAAUACAAGUAGAGGAUGAGAAGUAGUACAGUAUUCUGAAUAACUUUCGGUUGGAGUUGAGGAAUUUAAUAUAUAUAUAAAAGUUUCUGGACCAGUGAGUAAAAAAUGAAUUACAUUGUGUAUUUUCUAGAAGACCUUGCAACAAAGUCAAUGCCAACAAUUAUUGUUGGAGCUGUGUUGCAAGAAACUUUUCACUUGUAGGCAAAAGCUAUUCCUAGGGUAAGGUAAAAUUUUCCUACAUUUACACCCAUGGAGAAUCCAUGAAUUCUAGCGGUACCAAAAGUCAGAAUACCCCAAAAAAAUCAAAAAACACAGG